AUGCGUUGCUUGGCAGCUCGGGUCAACUACAAGACUCUGAUCAUCAUCUGCGCUCUCUUCACCCUGGUGACGGUGCUGCUCUGGAAUCGAUGUUCCUCCGACAGAGCCGGUCCCUUCCCCCGCAGUCUCACCGGUUCCGAACGCCGAGGAGCCGCCGCCGCCGCAUCCGAGAGCGACCCAGCCCGGCAACAAAGCGAGGAGGCAUCACCCCAAGAGCAGCAGAAGGCUCCUCCCGUCGCUGGAGCCUUCAACAGCAACAAAGCCCCGGGGCUGAAGUACGAAGAGAUUGACUGUCUGAUCAAUGAUGAGCACACCGUUAAAGGGAGGAGGGAAGGCAACGAGGUCUUCCUGCCGUUCAGCUGGGUAGAGAAAUACUUUGAGGUUUAUGGGAAAAUUGCUCAGUACGAUGGUUAUGACAGGUUUGAAUUCUCUCAUAGCUACUCCAAAGUAUACACACAGCGAGCACCUUACCACCCCGACGGGGUCUUCAUGUCCUUCGAGGGCUACAACGUAGAGGUUCGAGACAGAGUGAAGUGCAUAAGUGGUGUCGAAG